AUGUGGUCUCUUCCUCGUAAAGAAUACCAAAUGACAAAUGAAUGCUUCCACCUCGAUAGUAUUUCCAAGUAUCUUGAUAAAUAUCCUCAAGAAGCGCCCUACCUUUCGCAAGUAUAUAUUGACUUGACUUUAGUGAAAUCAUGGUUUGAAGUCAAGAUCAAAGAAGUUAAAGCUUUAAGAAAGUGUGUUUUAUUAGGAAAACCUUCCAAAUCGACUUCUGAAAUAAUUGUAUUUCCUUGUGCAGCUGUUGAAAUUUGGUCAAUUGAGAGGAUGUCACAAUUAUUUUCUUCUCUGUCGCCUAACAAUUUUGUUGUUGAUGGUAAUGAAUUGAAAAGUAUUACUCUUGCCAUCACUUUUCCUGACUCGACGGUGGUUUAUUAUAAUAUCCAUGACGAAAUUAUUCUUCCUUCUAAUAUUAGUAUUAAUACGAUUGAUAAUAUCGAUAGUAAGGAUAUGGGUGAAGAUUUGUUGUUGGGAAGUUCAAGUAAAUAA